CAUAAUAUGAGAAGAAUUUGUGUGAUUCUCAGAAAAUGUAAAAAUACAAUUAAAUAAUGAUUAUAUAAUUACAAUUAACAAGUGAAAUAAUAAUAAUAUAAUAUUAGUUUGAUAUUUUUAGCAUACGGCUUAGAUUAAGUGAUGGCAUUAUUUACGAAACAAGAUUUUACACCGCCCCUGUUUUCACGAAGAUGGUUUGCUGUGAAAUUCAGGCCUAAUGUGCUUCUAUACAGCCGAGAAAACAUAAUCCUAAUACUAGAAAGUGGGCUCCUCUUCCGAGAAGACAGCAUAGAUGUGGAGCAAGAGUCUCCAGCGCCCGAGGAGAUGUGGAAGUAUGCGGGUGGCGGCAAGAAUGGAUGGAUGACGAGGGGCGAGCGAGUGGCUUCUGCGGUGGGCGUUGCUGUUGCUGUGCUGUUGUUUCCUCCUAGAAGUUUCACCCGCUCAUCACUCCUCAACUUAUCAGUCUACGCGUCUCUCCCCAUCGUCUGUCGGUAUGCUCAUCGCAGCCGCUGCCGGGGCUCUCUGGGCGCGCUGCUGUCAGUAAUGAGGGAGUACCUCGCGCUGGCCAGGCGGACGGCAGCCUGUCUCAAGGAGUAUGCUGCUCUACAUGCUCAGAUCGGGUCGCUAACAUCAGUAAUAGAGUGGACACACACACUGCUGUGUCGGCAGCAGAGCGAGCUCGCUGUGUUGCUCUCGCGUACCUCCUCCGCGCUGCUGGCUAACGCGCCCUGGCUGGCGGCUGACGUCGCAUGGGAGGCGCUGGAAGCUCGGACUAGUGAUAAUCUUAUGAAAAUACACCACGCCUUCCUAGUAGUUCAAUCAACACUACUAAAACACAUAGCUAUGGCCCAUUUUGUGCCGCCCAUACAAGCCCAAAGGGUUUACAAAAAUCACAACGAAAGAAUCCACUGGCUCCACAAAACCAUUAUUCCUCAUAUAACAGAAGAAUUUCAAAAUAACUAUGAAGCUUUAGAACGUAUGUAUCGAUUACUCAAAAACUCCAGUAAUAAGGAUCUCGAUACGAAAAAGUUAGGUACAGCGUUCAAUGAUAAUUGGAUUUACUCUGAAAUUCAUACUGGGGUUGCAAAAUCGUGUCUCGAAUUGAAAUUAGCGUUGAACAAAUCGAAUAGUUUGGACGUGUUUCUCGAUUCUUGUGCUAUGAAUAAACAGGAAAUCGAUUUGGAAGUUUUGAAUCGAGAUUUAGAUGACAUUAUAGAUGGUCUGACUAAAUGCUUGAAGACAGUUCAAAGUUCGCAGCUACGGUUGAAAAAAAUUCAAAAUAAGAACGUUGAAAAUGUCCAGUAUGAAGAUAAAGAGGUUAUGGUUGAGAAUGUGGACAUUUUGAAAAUCGAAGACAGAGUACCAGAGAGUAAAGAUGAAGUUUUUUAUUUCGUCAAAACUGAUGAUGAUGAUAGUUCUAUACAGCCAGCAGACGACCUUACUACAGCACCUGGUAAAAAAGAAAAAGAUGCGAAUAAAAUAGUUUUGUCAGAAUUAAAAAGGAAAUUGGGCAAAAGAGAGGAUGUUAUGAGAGAGAGAGAAAGGCAAGCUCUAGCUAAAACAAUGCCAGAAUUAAAAGAUAUACCUGAAUUCCCUCGACAAAUAAACCUUGAUGAGUUUAUCGAAAGAAAAGGUUAUAUAAAGAAAUUGAAACUAAAAAUGCCUAAAAAGAAGCUUUUGCACAACAAUACUAAAAAAUUAAGAACUAAAAAUAAGAGAUACAAGUUGAAAUUAUCAAAAUAUACCAACGAGGCUGAUAUAAGUGAUGUUCUUUAUGAAGCGAAUGCAAAACUUAAUGUAAAAAGCAAAUUAUUAUCGAUAAGUUUUCUUAAAGAUUACUACAUAACUAAAUGGUGUAAACUCACUAAGAAAGAAUAUUCUGACUCUAGCGGACUUUCAGAAGGUCUAAGUGACCCCGAACCGAGUACAACCAACAAAAAAACUCAAGAUUUUGCAAACGAAAUCCGAUUUUCGAAAAAAGAUCUCGAAUUGACGCCGUCAUCUUCAGAAAGCGAUUUUGAAAAUUACAAAAAAGAUCGUCAAAAGGCUCUAUUGAAUGAUGUCCGUCGCCAUCGAGCUGUCAGAAAAAAGAAUCAUCCAAACCAUAGACCGGUUCGUACCACAGACAAUGUAGACGAGAGUUUGAAGCCCAUGGAGUAUAGUUUCGGCACGGGAUUGGCUAUGGCUUCAGUGUUGCAAGUUAAUAAGAGUGUUCCCAAAUAUAUUGCGGAUGAGGAAAUUUUUAUUGGCGAUGGCGAAGUUUCAACGGACAGUGGUAAUGAUGAAGAUGCCUAAAAAGUCAUUUAAUAAAAAUGGUGCCGUUAUGGUUCCUAAAAUCAUCAUCAUCAACUUAAUGUGUUGUGUUAUAUAGGCGAAAGUGUGUAUGUUUGUAAUUUCUUCACGCGCAAACGGCAGAACGGAUUUAGAUGAAACUUGGCUAUAAAAAGGCUUUUGCAUCAGAAACACAUAAUAGGCUACUUAUAUCCGGGAGAUGCAAUUGUACCGUCUCGUUUCAUAUUUACCUACAUAUUCGAUUAAUAAUAUUUUAAUAACUUUAAUUUGAAAUCAAUUAAUUAAUAAUUAUAAUUUGUCGCAUUUAAAAAUGUUAAUAAUUGUAUUUUUUAAGAUCUGUGAUCAAGGUAAUCGAGUCA